AGGAGGAGGAGGAGGAGGGGGGACAGCCUCUCUGUGGGAGACAUUAGCCCUGUGUGAUCUCAUGAAUACAUUAUAAGAGGGUCAUUGUGCAAUGAGGAAGGUGUGCUGAGCUGCCAGGUUGUUGUUGCACACACACACAAACACACACUGCAACCAGCUCCCCUCCAGAAGAAAAGCUGAUUCUUACUGACUCUUCUUUCUUUUCUUUCUUUUUUUUUUUUUACACAAUAACAGCAGCAUGAUAAUAUUUUAAAACGUAGAAUCAAUCCUCAACAGUCUGGGAUGUGAGAACCUGAAAGAAACCGAGGUAAAAUCUGUCAUUAGUAUCGUAACAUCGCUCGACAACCCGGGGAUCAGCAGCCUCGUCUGGUUAGCCGACUGCGACACUAGCAGGCUAAUGCUACGUAGCCUCAAACAACCGGAGCAGCUUCAUCGUCCGGUAACCGGAGCAGGCAAAAGGAGGACGGCAACGUUACACAGAGUUAGCAGUGGAGCUAAGGGAGCUAAGGCAGGCGUGUUAAAGAUCCUCAGCAGCUUCCAGAUCAGCUUCCACCGAGCAGACCUGCACACACAAGUCCAACUUCAGGCUCAGACACAGCUCACUUUGCUCCAGCGAGCUCCUUCUGGGUCAUCGGUCACUUAUUGUGCUCCAAAAAAGGCUUGAACUGCGACUUUAACUGCGUUUGUUCUGCAGCUCGUUCAGUGACGGCCCCUUCCUAAAUGACCCAGUCUCCUGGCAACCAGGCACCAAUCAGCACCCAGGAUCUCUCUCUGUAGUAACCACAGUGUGGGGCGUGACCAAUCCCACACACAGCCAGGUGUUUGGUGCACCCAUGGGUCCGGGUGAGAGCUCCGGCGGUCACAUGAUGCCUGGUGGCGGCCCUGGUAUGGGUCCUGGCAUGGGCUCCCAGUUCAUGGGCCAGCAGUCGUAUGGAGAGGCUGUCUCUAAAGGUUACGGGCAGCCAAUCAUGUACGGACGUCCCAGUGCGGCGUACAACCCAGCCUCAGCCUACGGCGGAAGUUACUCUGGUAACGGUGGAGGUGCCGGUAUGGGCGUCCGUCCUCCCUCAGACUUCACGCAGGCUGCUGCCGCUGCCGUUGCCGCCGCCGCUGCCACAGCAACUGCCACUGCCACGGCAACUGUUGCAGCCAUACAGGAGAAACAGAACCAGGAGUUGAGCUAUGGACAGAUGGGUGGAGCAUCCUCUUACAGCACCCAGUUCCUGUCUCAUUCGGGCCCCCGCGGCCCUCCUCCGGGGAUGGUCUCGUCCAGGCCCGGUCCUCCACCUACCGCCGGAGGCCUGUACCCCUCUCACCCUGCCCAGACUCAGAAGAUGCCCCAGCACGGAGGGUAUCCGGGCGGACAGCAAGGGCUCAAAAGGCCUUUUCAUUCGGAGGGUUUUCCAGUGCAGCAGUACGGCUCUGGUGGGAUGUCAGGGUACCCUAACCAGCCUCUCCAGUACCCCUCUGGUCCACAGCAGCGAUGCCCCCCCUCACCCUCUUACCCCUCCAGUCGGAUGCCCCUCAUGGCACAGUACACUUCUGGAUCUCACAACCCAGCACAGUUCCCCCCCGGAGCCGGCCAGCCCAAUCCUCCACAGUAUUAUAAGUCAGAGCCGUUCAAUGGUCAGGGCAGCCUGCCAUCUGGAGGAGCCGGAGGAUACAAUGCCUUCACACAGGCUGCAGUGAGCGGGCCAGGUCGGGGUGGAGUGAUGCCCGGGUAUCCUAGCUCACCGAUGGGAGGGAAUCCCACUCCUCCGAUGACACCUGGGACGUCAAUACCUCCCUACCUGUCCCCGGGCCAGGACACAAAACCCCCCUACCUUCCACCUGACAUCAAACCCAACAUCAACACACAGCAGCCCUCCACAGGUAACCCCAGCGACGACCUGCGUCUGACUUUCCCGGUACGAGACGGCGUCGUGUUGGAGCCGUUCAGACUGGAGCACAACCUGGCCGUCAGUAACCACGCCUUCCAGCUGAGAGACUCUGUGUACAAAACGCUCAUGUUGAGGCCUGAUCUGGAGCUGCAGUUCAAGUGUUACCACCAUGAAGACAGACAAAUGAACACUAACUGGCCUGCAUCGGUACAAGUGAGUGUCAACGCAACUCCUCUGUGCAUUGAAAGAGGAGACAACAAAACCUCCCACAAGCCCUUGUACCUAAAGCAAGUGUGUCAACCGGGACGUAACACCGUACAGAUCACAGUAACAGCCUGCUGUUGUUCCCACCUGUUUGUGCUGCAGCUGGUCCACCGGCCGUCCGUCAGGUCCGUCCUGCAGGGUUUGAUGAAGAAGAGACUCCUGCCGGCCGAGCACUGCAUCACCAAGAUAAAGAGAAAUUUCAGUAGUGGCACCAUCCCCGGGACUCCUGGUCUGAACGGAGAGGACGGCGUAGAGCAGACGGCAAUCAAAGUUUCCCUCAAAUGCCCGAUCACGUUCAGACGAAUCCAGCUGCCAGCCAGAGGUCACGACUGCAGACACAUACAGUGUUUCGACCUGGAGUCCUAUUUGCAGCUCAAUUGUGAAAGAGGCACCUGGAGAUGUCCUGUGUGCAAUAAAACCGCUUUGCUAGAGGGGCUGGAGGUGGACCAGUACAUGCUCGGGAUCCUCGUCUACAUCCAAAAUUCGGACUACGAGGAGAUCACCAUAGACCCGGUGUGUGGCUGGAGGCCGGUGCCCGUCAAACCAGACCUGCACAUAAAGGAGGAGCCCGACGGUCCCGUCCUGAAACGCUGUCGAACUGUCAGCCCGAGCCACAUGGUCCUGCCCAACGUGAUGGAGAUGAUCGCCGCUCUGGGCCCGGCAUCGUCCCCCUACCAGAGUCUGACUGCAGGGGGCAGGAACACCCCCGACUACAACCGGCCAGGGAGCCAGGGAUUCUCCAACCAAACAGGAUUCACCGACUUCCCCAACACCCCUGGCACCCCGACGCUCGGAGAGUACGCCUCCUCUGGACCGCCACCUCCACUCCCCUAUCAGUCUGAGCAGGCGCCACAUUCUGGACGAAUCGAACACGGCCAUAACAUCCUCCAGCAGCACGGUUCAGGCGUUCAUGGUAAUCAGAGUCUCGGUGACGCCGGCAGUCCGCUGCCGCAGCGGAACACCAAUGCCCAGAAUUCCCGGCUGCAGAACGAAGGCUCCUUCGGUCUGGGAGGCCCGGGAGCACCUGGAGGAGAGGGAGCCGAUCAUACACUUGAUCUUCUUCCAGAGCUGCGGGCGGAUGUGGUCCCAAAGACUGCAGCUGAGAGUUUAUUCUGA